AUUUCGCCCAAUGCCACCGGCAAGGGGGGGAGGCGGCCAGCAUGCGGGCGAGGGAGAGGAAGAGGAGGAGAAGGGGGAGGAGGAGGUUGAAGAGGUGGAGGAGGAGGGCAAAGAGGAAGAGGAGGAGAAGGAGCUCGAGUGUGUGGAGGGUAUGGGGAGGUGGAGGGCCAAGGGCUUGCGCGAGGAAGGAGUGGGGGAGGAGGAGGAGGAGGAGGAGGAGGAGGAGGAGGAGGAGGAGGAGGAGGAGGAGGAGGAGGAGGAGGAGGAGGAGGAGGAGGAGGAGGAGGAGGAGGAGGAGGGGGAGGGGGAGGGGGAGGAGGAGGACGACGACGACGACGAGUGGGGGGAGGAGAAGGGGGAGGAGGAGCAGGAGGAGAGGUCUGGCGACAACACCGAAGAAGACAUGUACGAUGCGGGGGAGGGGGAACCCGCCAAGCAUGACGACAACAUGGCGGAACUUGUGGAGGAGGGAGGGGGGUGGACAAGGAGGGCAGCAGAGUAUUAAGAGGUUCCUGUCUCAUCGAUUGGAC